AUGAUUAAAAAUAAAGGCUAUUUGAUUUAUGGAGGUGCUUUAGUAUUUGCAUUACUUGGGUCAUUUAAAUAUAUAAUAAAAUCUAAAUAAUAGAAGCCAAUAGGUUAAAUAGAAUUCAGUUUACUAUAGUCAUCUACAACACUUGAUUACAUAAAGAAACCAGCAGGUAUAAGAAAUAUAGGGAAUACAUGUUUCUUGAAUUCAGUAUUAUAAGUACGAUAAAUAACAUAAUUAGUGGCCUUAAGUUCAUAACCAAAUUUUAUUGAAUAUUUAUUUGAAUUAGUUUAGCAUAUUAAUGGAGAAACAACAUUAGCUUAAUAGAUAUGUUUAGAAUUGGCUAAAAUAAUGAAAUACCUAAAUAAUG